GCAUAGGAGAAGAAAAACGGGUAAAGUAGGGAUAAUGUUGCUUGCUGACAGCCAAUGGCUAUAGAGUGGGGAGACUUUCUUGUAGGGGAGGUGCGCGAAACGGACGAGUUUUUGUCUGUCCAGUUUUUUCUCUCAAAUUGAACACAGUAUAGAAUGAGCGCAGAUAGCGCUGAUAGCGCGUUCCUCGAAUGCAGCCAAAAGCUGCUGGAAGUGAGCGCAAAACGCUGAGUUCUGCUGAACAUAGCCAUUUACCAAGUGAAAAUCUAUAGUUCAUACUUGUACUACAUACUUGUACUAUAGAUUUGUAUUAGAGAUGAGAGAAUAUCAAAAUGUAGCUUGUAUAUACUGUGAUCGUGUCUUCUGUUAACGUCGUUGUCGAGCCGGCUCUGAUUUUGACAUUCACAACUGCACCUUCACCUACCUACCUACCUGAUUUCGACGUGGAGCUUUUGCACACGUCUUGCUAUUGACAUAAAUGCGCAUGAGAAACGGUAGCAAAGCAACUAGUAUGUCUUAUCUACGCGACUGGCGACCGACGUCACGUGCACUUCAUGUUUACCGGAUGGCGAACAAUAGUUUUCGUAUUCAGAAUUUAAUCUUUCUCUUCUUCGGCGGGUUGAUUCUUUUUCUCGUGUAUUUGCUGUUACGCAGUAUUAUCUCGUCGCCAAGCAGGGCUGAGUGUCGUUAUUACGCAUACAAUAGAACUUAUCCCAUCUCAGCACCUAUCAAGACUUCCAAGGGUGGUGUGAUCUACAAGAUAGCAAUAGUGAGCGAUCUUGAUCAUAGCUCCAAGCUCCCGGACAAGGACAUGUGGCACAGUAUCAUGAAGACUGGUCGUAUUUAUUGGGACCGUAAAACUAAGUUUAUGUCUGUUAUAUGGCAGGAUACUGUUGUAUUGACCUCAUCUUUAUCUAUGAAAGGACGUGGAAUGGAACUGUCAGAAUUAGUGACAUUUGAUGGUCGUUUAUUAUCUUUUGAUGAUCGCACAGGAACAGUAUAUUUAAUUGAGGAUAAUCAAGUAUAUCCAUGGAUCAUCUUGAUGGAUGGGAAUGGUAAACAUAAUAAAGGAUUCAAGUCAGAAUGGGCAACCAUCAAAGAUGAGCACUUAUAUAUUGGCAGUAUGGGAAAAGAAUGGACUACACCAUCUGGAGAAUUUCAACAUAAUAAUCCAUUAUGGGUAAAAGUAGUAUCUCCACAUGGUGAGGUACAGUCUUUCAAUUGGAUGUCUUACUACAAUCGAUUAAGGCAAGCGAUUAACAUCGAAUAUCCAGGUUACAUGAUACAUGAAUCUGGAGUUUGGAGUGAUAUCCAUAAGAGCUGGUUUUUUUUACCUAGAAGAUGUUCUCGUGAACGGUAUAAUGAGACCACAGAUGAGAUAACGAGUUGCAAUGUCAUGCUGAUAGCAGAUGAGGACUUUUUAAGUAUAAAAGUAGUUUAUGUUGGAGAACUAAAUCCGGUUAGAGGUUUUUCAAGCUUCAAGUUUCUCCCAGAUUCGCGAGAUUCUAUUAUAAUAGCACUAAAAACCGAGGAGUAUCAAGGACGAACUAGUACAUACAUUUUGGCUUUUUCAAUAGAAGGCACAAUAAUAAUGUCCGAAACCAAAGUAAUAGAUAAGAAAUUUGAAGGACUAGAAUUUAUAUGAGGUCUUGUUUAGAACUAGUCAAUUACUUAAGAGUAGAGUCCAACCGAAACUUUGGUUUUGGUUUCGGCCAGUUUCGGUCAAAAAUCAAAGCUUUGCCUUAGUUUCGGCAGUGCAGCCGAAAUUGUACAAAUUCACAAGCUAGCCAGCGUCACUGCGGCGAUCAUGCAAAAUCUCUUUCUUAUGUUAUUGGUUAUGUUCAAGAAAUUCAACAGUUGAAUAACGGUUGAGAAAUCAUCACUUGAUAGAACUAUUCCUCAAAACUUCAUGAGUUUUAUCAUAAAUGAUCAUCUCUCAAUCGGUGUCUAACUGUUGAGUUUCUGAACGUAAUCAUUUUGUGAGUAAAUUCCAUUUGGCGACGAUCGCGAGCGUAGGUCGGAUUUACUAUAUUCUGUCGCACUGGUAAAUUUGCCGGACAUGAUUAAUGCGAUUGGACUACUGCGGAUAUAGCCAAAACGCGGGGUACGACACUACAUAAGCACUACAUUGUCUUGUACACACACGCAGACAUAGACACAUACACAUGCACACACUGAUGUAUACGCAUAUCUUAGCAAGCCUUAAGUGUAAGUAGCAUCGUACAUUGGUAUCACUAUUGCACUUGCAUCAGGUAUGGAAAGCUCAAUUUUACCGUUCCUUAUUUUAAAAACUUACUGGAUUCUGUGCUUAUUAAUCUUUUUGUUCUACGUGUUGAGAACUAUCAUGUAGCAAUGUUUCAGAAAAAUUAGCUGAAAGCCAAUUGCCAUAAGAAUUCUGCGGAGUUUUUUCAAUAAAAUGUUGAAAAAUAUAAGAGUAUAUAGUGUGUGUGUGUGUGUGUGUGUGUGUGUGUGUGUG